GACAUCUUCUGUCUCAGUAUGUCUACAAUGUAUUUUUCUUCUUCCUCUUCCCUAAUUGUGAUCCUCUUCACAUCUCUUCUCUUCACAUCCACUUCCUCACUACAAACUCCCAAGCAUUAUAUAGUGUACAUGGGCAGGCCCAUUGAAGCUGAUGUGCAUAACGAAGAAGCUUCUUAUCUCCAGAUGUUGGACACUCUUCUUCCGAGGGAAGAGAGUGAGAGAAGAAAAGGAGUACAUCAUUACAAGCAUGCCUUUAGAGGAUUCUCCGCUAUGCUUACAGAAGAAGAAGCCGCAGCCAUUUCUGAACACGAUGAGGUGGUGUCGGUGUUCGAAGAUCCGAUACUGCAACUUCACACAACUCGGUCUUGGGACUUUUUGGACUCUCUUUCUGGAGUUUCUUCUUCAUUUCCAAUAUAUAAUAAUGUUCAUGGAUCAUCUGAUAUCAUAAUUGGCGUUGUGGAUACCGGGAUAUGGCCAGAGUCUCCAAGUUUCAAUGAUAAAGGGUUUGGAGAAAUACCUUCAAAGUGGAAGGGUACUUGCAUGGAAGGUCCCGACUUCAACAAAUCCAGCUGUAACAGAAAGUUGAUCGGAGCAAGAUAUUACAAAUCAGCCGAAGCCAAGUCACCAAGAGAUUUCAACGGUCAUGGGACUCACACGGCCUCCACGGCGGCUGGAGCGUUUGUUGAUGGAGCCAGUUACCGUGGCCUUGCUCGUGGGACGGCCAAGGGAGGCCAGCCAGGGUGUAGGAUUGCCGUCUACAGGGUUUGCCAAGACGACGGUUGCUCCAGCUCCGCCAUGUUAAAAGCCAUCGAUGAUGCGAUCAAUGACGGCGUUGACCUCAUCUCCCUUUCCAUUGGCUUGAGUGCUGCAAACAAACCAGAUUAUCUGUCCGACCCAAUCGCCAUCGGAGCCUUCCACGCAGAGCUCAAAGGCGUUAUGUUCAUUGCCUCUGCGGGGAACGAUGGCCCCGACGCUUUUACCGUCACCAACGUGGCACCAUGGAUGUUUACGGUGGCUGCUUCCAACAUUGACAGAGAGUUUCAAUCAUCUAUCAUACUCGGCAGCGGCAAAGUGUUAGGAGGAGCAGGGAUCCAUUUCCCCAGUGGCACAAGAUCUAAAGCAUACCCUCUUGUGUAUGCAAGAAAUGCGGCUGCUGCAUCUACAUCUGUUGAAGAUGCAAGGAACUGUCUUCCUGGAUCCUUGGAUCCGAAGAAAGUGACCGGGAAGGUUGUUGUUUGUGUGAGGUCAAGCACUUCGGGUAUAACAAAGAAAAUUCUAAGGGCGAUACUAGAGGAUGCUGGAAGCAAAGGUUUGAUUCUGAUAAACAAAAAGGAGCAGAUUAUAGCUUCGGAUUCAGGUCCAUUCUCUCACUCAGAAGUUGAUAUGACUGAUGGCUACAAGAUUCUCAAGUAUAUUCUUCACACCAAGAAUCCAACCGUUACGAUUGUUCCAACCGUUGAGGUCAAACGCACUAGACCUGCACCUGUCGUUGCACCCUUCUCGUCUAGAGGCCCUGCGUCUCUAACAGAGAACAUUCUCAAGCCUGAUAUAAUGGCACCCGGCGUUUUGAUUUUGGCGGCUGUGCUUCCGGCCGAAACAGCUAAACGAUCCACUCGUGAGUAUGGGUUAAGGUCAGGAACGUCCAUGGCUUGCCCUCACGUGACCGGAGCAGCCGCUUUCGUCAAGGCUCUUCGCCCUUCUUGGACUCCCUCCAUGAUCAAAUCUGCUCUCAUGACCACAGCAAUAUCAUAUGACAACAUGAGAAGACCAGUGACAAACACCUCAGGGCUCACAUCAACGCCUCACGAAACCGGUGCCGGAGAAAUCAAUCCUCACCGAGCAGUAAACCCGGGGCUUAUCUUUGAGACAACCGCACACGAUUAUCUCCAAUUCCUUUGCUACUACGGCUACUCACAAAAAACCAUAAGCAAAAAACUCACCAAUACUAAAUUCAGUUGCUCCAAGAAGGUUUCUAAAGAUCUUAUCUCCACCAUCAAUUACCCAUCAAUCUCUAUUGGGAAUCUGCGUCGCGGCCAACGUUACCGUAGGGUGAUCGAGAGAACCGUCACAAAUGUUGGACCGGAGAAGAAUGUGACGUACGUGGUCCACGUCGUGGCUCCAGAGGGAUUGGUGGUUAAUGUUGAACCAAAGAGAGUUGUGUUUGGAGAAAACGUGAGCAAGGUUUCAUUUAAGGUUUGGUUCUACGGGAAAGAGAGUGCAUCAAAGGAUUAUCAUCAUGGAUCCUUAGAGUGGUCAGAUGGUUACCAUUUGGUCCGUUCCGUUUUUUCAGUCAAGAUUAAUUAGUGGCUAAGCCGCUAAUGAAAUGCAAGACCCAUGGAAGUUUUAUUUGUAAUAUUUGAAGGGUCGUUGUAUGUUGGUUUAAUAAUUGGUUUAUGAUUGUGGGUCGUUGUAUGUUGGUUUAAUAAUUGAUUGAUGAAAUCAAAU